AUGAGUGGAGAACAGACAGAGUCGGGCCCAGAUGGACUCGCACCGGGAGCGGCAGGCGAGCCGGGAGCGGACGGAAUCGUCGGAGGACCAAGGACACCCCAGCAGAUCGCGGCACAGAAGCGACUGCAGCAGACGCAGGCACAGGUCGAUGAGGUUGUGGACAUCAUGAAGACGAACGUCGAGAAGGUGCUGGAAAGAGAUCAGAAGCUCUCGGAGCUGGACGAUCGAGCCGACGCGCUGCAGCAGGGUGCGUCACAGUUUGAACAGCAGGCCGGCAAGUUGAAGAGGAAAUUCUGGCUACAGAAUCUAAAAAUGAUGAUAAUAAUGGGCGUGAUUGGUCUCGUCAUACUCGCAAUUAUUGUAGCGAAAUUCAUGCCAGCCGACCAACCGCAGCAGAAUAUGAUGAUGAUGGGUGGCCAGCCGAUGCAGCAGAUACCGAUGCAGCAGAUGCCGCCGCCAGCUCCACCAGCGCAACCGGCAGCCCCAGCAGCCCUGGUGCAGGACGUGUCGUCGCUGCUAACCGGCGAAUCGCAGUACAUCAAAAAUUAA